CUUAGCAACCGCGUUCAUCUCUCUAUGACCAAUAAUGAAAGGCGUAGCACCCUAAACGCCCCAUAAUAAUUCCAACUUUACUGUGCAACGCCAGGGAAGUUGCAACACAACCAGAAAGUAAACAUCACCAUUUCCCCUUCCCCGCCUGUUUUCUUCCUUUUUUAUCAUAUUUUUUUUGACGCGUUUUCUUGUCUGUUAAAUGCGCAUCGCAUGUUGAUUUAUCAUCCCCGGAUCAAUUGAUGAUAAGAUAUCCAUUCCAGAGAUUGUUACAAUUGGACUAAAUUGAUUUGUUUGGUUCGCCAUGCCGCCUAAAUCACAGUCGCAGCGGCGCAUCACGCAGUCGCAAAAUGAAGGAGUCUAUGAACUGGGUGUCCAGGGAAGGAAAACCGGUCUUACAUUAGAAGAACGCCAGCGCGACGAGCAUGGUUUCGAGGAGGUUGAUAAUCUUUUCUCGUCGCCCGAAAAGGAUGUGAAUAAUGGCGCUGUCAACGGCCUCAACGGUCGCGGUCAAGUUGAAUCUGAUGAGGAACAAGACAUGGAAAUCGAGGAUGAAUCUCAAAUAGGACCAGCCACAGCCAUGAGACAGCGUCAUAGUCGUCCUUCGCUACCGCGCGCAAGAUCUCCCAUCAAGACCCAUCUUCAGUCUCCAGCACGCCAAAAUCCGCAUAUCGGUCCCACAUCUUCGCCCUUCCGCGGCUCUGUCAUCGCCGCGCCCGAGCCUACCCCCCCGAAAGCGGUAAAUCGCAGACUCGAUUUCUCCAAGAGUGCCCAAAGCAAGUUGAAGGCUGCAGCUGCAGUGAAUGGAAACUCGAAGGUUAAUGGCACCAAAGGACCAAAGGGAAAGCUUGUUAAUGGGCGUGCCCAGCCCAAUUUGUUCGACGAGGAAGAGCUUGUUGUACGCGGCCAAGUAGCCCGACGUCAAGUACCAGAGCCGGAGGAUGAGGAAGAAGAAGAGGACGAAGAAUCAAUGCAGAUUCUCGACGCCGGUGGAGAUGAAAUGGGUAACAUAAACGACGAGCAAGAUGUGUCUGCCGAGCCCGAACCGGAACCUGAAGAAGACGACGAGGAAUCUGUUCAGCAGCCGAAGCCCGCCCAGCAACUAAAAGGGCGCAGAGGUCGCAAGCCGAAAUCGCCCAUCGCACAGGCAGAGGAAGCAGAGCCUUUAAUAGUAGAAGCCAAUGACGAACCUGCUCAGAAGAGACGAGGCCGACCGGCGAAGAAUGUGAAGUCGCCAGAACAACAAGGGCCUCAAACGAAGUCUCAAAAGAGAGGAAGACCUGCAAGGAACUCUGCGGGUAGCAACAACGACGACCAAGAACAAGAACAAGAGCAGGGCCAGGAUGAAGAAGACAUUGUGGACGAAAGGCAGACAAAGAAACAACGCACAGAGAUAAAGGAAAGCAGGGGUGCCCCAUCGAAACCAACGGCAACAAAGGAAAAGGGGAAGCCCGGUCGGAAGAGAAAAUCUUCUGGUAUUGGUGUCGAUGAACCUGUCGUUCAACGUGGGCCUCCUCUUCCUAAAGGUCGCGGACUUGUUGCUUUACGACGAGAAGACGAAGAUACCAUGCGGAUUACACGAUCUGGUCGACAUUCUUACAAGCCUUUGGACUACUGGAAGGGCGAACACAUCCUAUACGAUGAUGCAACACAACAUAUCGUUGAAGACAAGGGGCAGCGGUUUGUGAUGCCGGGUGUGAAGGGCGUAGUCCGGACGGUGGAGGCCAAUACUUCAGCACCGCGAAGACGCCGCGGACGGCCCUCGAAGCAAAAUGGCGCAACGCGCCGUGCGACUACAAUCAUAGAGGAAGAAGAGGUGGAGCGGGAUGACUGGGAGUACAAUCCUGGUCACCUCUCUGGAGACUGCGUUUUCUGGCGUCCCGAGCACGAGCUGCAACCGCCAGACGAAGACGAGCCUGAGCUCCUCGAGCACGAACUCGCCGUCUCGGAGGCAGCCAUCCAGUUGAAAGACAUCAAGGACGCAACGUUCCGAUUUGCAAAGACGUUGACGAUGCCCUUCUUCGGGUCGGGCAUCGUGGACAUGCCGCCCGGCUCCGAGAAGCGUACCAAGAAUUCAAGGAAGAUGCAGAUGGUAUUUUUCGUGCACACGGGUAGCGUUGAAGUCACGGUGGCGCAGAAUGAGUUCCGCAUUGCGAAGGGAGGCAUGUGGUUUGUUCCCAGAGGCAACCAUUACAGCAUAUCAAAUCCCCACGACAAGUCGGCGCGUAUAUUCUUCUCACAAGGAUGCGAGGUCCUCGUACAAGCCGAUGAAGAAGGCGAAGAGGCAUAAUUGUACCUAUCACUACUUUAGCCCUAGACAGUUAAGGGAAAAACAAAAACCAAUACAAUCGAAAAUCAAUAGUACUCUCAGGGGCUGGCACUUUCUUCAGUAUACCCACGUUGCUUACAUAUAAUGGUUCAGGCGAACGGAUGGAUGGGACAGGCUAGGCUGGCUGGGUUGAAAAACUGCUUCAUUCCAU